AGGACCCUUUCUGUUUCUCCGCCAUCAGAAUACCGGUGGUGGAGAGGACUUCAAAAUGCAGAUUUUUGUGAAGACACUCACGGGGAAGACCAUAACCCUUGAGGUUGAACCUUCCGAUACAAUUGAAAAUGUCAAAGCAAAGAUCCAAGAUAAAGAAGGUAUCCCACCGGACCAGCAGAGAUUGAUCUUCGCUGGGAAACAGCUGGAAGAUGGGCGCACCUUGUCAGACUACAACAUCCAGAAGGAGUCCACUCUCCACCUGGUGCUGAGGUUAAGAGGCGGUGCUAAGAAGAGGAAGAAGAAGUCCUACACCACACCCAAGAAAAACAAGCAUAAGAGGAAGAAGGUCAAACUCACAGUGCUUAAAUACUACAAGGUGGAUGAGAACGGUAAGAUCCACCGUUUGAGGCGGGAAUGCCCAGCGGAUGAGUGCGGAGCCGGCGUGUUCAUGGCCAGCCACUUCGACAGGCACUACUGCGGUAAAUGCUGUCUGACAUACUGCUUCAGCAAACCUGAAGACAAGUGAGGGAGACAGACUCUGAUCUCUACGUGACCACAGCAGCCCACUGACGUCCCGAGCAGUAUUCUGCUUCUUUGUUUAACGAGACUUGCCGCCCUCUGUCGAAUAUUUUGUAUUUUGUAAAUAAAGAUGUUUGAAUGCUG